AAAAAAAUGAAAAAGGCUUAAAAACAAAAGAACCGAUGCUUAACUUGGGCCUUUAAGAAUUGGUAAAGACCCUUGCGUGUCACUUUUUUAGUGGACCUCCUCUUUAUGUCUCUCUCUCCUUCUCGUUAGGGUCUUGAUCUGAGAUCACAUAUUUUCUCUAACUCCACUGAAAUCGAUCACUUCAUCUUCUCUCUCGAUCGAGUCUGAUAUGGAUAGAUUGUUUUGAUAAGAUUGAAGAUUGAAUUGAAAGUUUUGAAAUCGAUCAACUCUGUUUCUGAGUCUUCUGUGGUAUCGCAGCUACUGUUUUCUCCAUCAUCAUAGAUUGGUGACGAAGACGAAGAGUGUAGAGUAUAUGUCAUUCUUUUUUAUCACUCUUUGUGUUUCUCUGUGGAACUUCUUGGUUCAUCUAUGGUCUUAUCGGUCGUGACCCUUUUGUGAGAAGAAGACGGUGGAGAUGAAAGAUGAGGAGAAGAAACAAAAUGUGGUUUAUGGAAAGCAACAAGAGCAGCAAGUUUAGAUCCUUUUGAAUGAUUUAUUCUGCGGUAUUUCUAACGUGGACACACGCUUGCUGAAAUCUCUGCAGAGAAAGCUGGUAUCUUCAAGAGUGGAGUUCCUGCUUUUACAGUCCCUCAACCUGAUGAAGCAAUGAGUGUACUUGAUGAGAAAGCUUCAGAAUUGGAGGGAUUUAAGCUUCUUGGUUCAGCAAACACGAGAUAUUUCAUUUCCUUUUUCACCUCUUCCUCUUCUUCUUCGUCGGGGUCAGCAAGACAUGAAGAUCAAUCACGAGAAGAGUUCAGCGAUUGGCCUCACGGAUUACUUGCCAUUGGAACGUUCGGUACCUUGACCAAAGAUCAAACCCCAAUACAAGAAGUGAUUCAAGAAGAGAAGACUUCUAACAUGCACGUGGAAGGUAGAGCGCAAGAUAGAGAUCACGAUAUUUCUUUAUCCGAUGAUCUUGAAGAUUUUACUCCCGAGGAAGUUGGGAAACUACAAAAUGAGCUGACGAAGCUCUUGACAAGAAAGAACAAGAAGAGGAAGUCUGAUGUGAACAAAGAACUUGCCAAUCUUCCUUUGGAUAGAUUCUUGAAUUGUCCUUCGAGUUUUGAAGUCGAUAGACGAAUCAGCAACGCGUUUUCAGGUGGUGGAGAUUCUGAUGAGAACCAAGAAGACAUUGAGCGUACGAUUAGUAUUAUUUUGGGGAGAUGCAAAGCUAUUUAUACAGAGAGUAAAAAUAAGAAGAAGGGUAAGAGAGAUGUGAGCAAAACCUCUGUUUCUCAUCUCCUCAAGAAGAUGUUUGUAUGUACAGAGGGGUUAUCUCCUAUUCCUAACCCUGGCUUGAGAGACACGUUUCAAGAAUCAAGAAUGGAGAAGUUUCUGAGAGUAAUGCUACUCAAGAAGAUUAAUACUCGAGCUUCUCCAAAGCAAACAUCAACGAGUAGAUACGUGCAAGACAGGCAACAACUUUCCUUAAAGAAUAAGGAAGAAGAAGGAAGAAGUAGUAGUAGUAGCGAUGGGAGUAAAUGGGUCAAAACAGAUUCUGAUUUCAUUGUUCUAGAGAUUUGAUUCACUUUACCCCUACUCAGGUUCUUACAGGAAAGUACAGGUAAUAUAGUAAGUUUGAACAAUGAAUCUCCACCUCAUUAAUUUUGCUUCUUCUAAUGCUAAAUCUGAUGCUAGAUCUUAUGUCUUUGCAAAUAGAGAAUCUUCAUUGAUAUCAAGAAAACAAAAAUCAGAAAGAAGUGAUCAAUCGAUUUUCUUUUUCUUUCUGAUGAACAUUUUUGGGUAUCUAUAUGUAUAUAUGUAGAUCCCACAAGUUUUCCAAUCAUUUUUUUUUUCAGUUAAAAAAAAAGAGUGGAAAACGUUAAUUUUAAUCCCUGUUCUAAAAAUCGGUCGUCUAGGCGAUACGCGUCACCCUUCGCCCUGAUUUAUGUCAAAUCGAUUAAAAAAAUCAGAUAUCUGAUUUUUUCCGCCUAGCCGCCUAAUCUAUUUUUUAAUAAUAUAUUUAUUUAUUUAUUUGAUCUAAAAUUUUAUUUAUAUUCAUAAUUCAUAUAUUCUAUUUGUGUGUUUUAUACAAUCUUAAACAUGAAAAUAUAUUAAUGUUAUAUACAAUUAAAGAUUAAUAUGUUUUAUAACAAGGUAAACAAUCUAAAAAUUCCGCCCCGCAUAAUUUUUGAUUAAUCUCCGAUUUUUUCUUUAGACGCUAGGCAUAAUCCGACCGCCCAAUUAGCGCAUAGCGCGUUCCCGAGCAUGGAUUUGAAUUGCCCACCGUUAGUUUUUCAUUUAUUUGCUAGCAAUUUACUCUUUUUUUUUCAAAAUUUUGUAAAGUAAAUGAUUAGUUAUGAAACAAUUAUCCUCUUAAAUGUUGAUUUUAGAAAUCCCUAGAAAGCUGACAAAAAAAUUCAUGGAGUACAUUUAGGGUUUGACUGGUAUUAUUAGCGUAAGUCAAAGUAAAAAUAAAUAAUAGGAAAGAGUGAAAAUGAAAAUGAUAGAAAAUAGUGAAAACAACAGUAUUUUUAUUCUAUUAUAAUGUAGAAUAAACUUGAGUAUGUGUUUUUUUUUUCUAUUUAAACAGUGGACAAAGUAAAAGCUCAAAAAAUUAUUUCAUUUGAUUGGCAAGAUUUUACUGGGAUUUUGAGUAAAAUUAAAAUCAAAGUAAUAAUUUACUCUAGAAAUGCUUUUCAAUCACACCACUAUAAGAAAACACCGGGAUUCCGACGACAAAUAUCGUCGGUAUGUCCUCGGAAUAACGGUAUUCCGAGGACAUACCGACGAGAAUGGUCGUCGGAAAGUAAAAUUUCCUCGGAAUUUUCUCGGAAAGUUCCGAGGGAAUACCGAGAAUUAAAGAUUCUGAGGACAUUCCGAAGAAACAUUUCCUAGGACUGUUCGUCGGUAUCUCCUCGGUUCUUUCCGAUGGAAUGGUCCUCGGAAACAUUCCGAGAGAAAAGAGGUAUCGGAAUAUUCCGACGGCCGAGGAAGUGUAUCCGUCGGGAUAUUCCGAAGGAAGUGUAUCCGUUGGGAUAUUCCGAAGGCAUAUGUCCCUCGGAAUAUUCCGAGGAAGGUGUCGUCGGAAUAUCCCGAGGAAUACACUUCCUCGGAAUAUUCCCAAAAAUAAUUUUUUUUAAAAAAUUAAAAAUUUAUUUUUUUAAUUGAAAUUCGAAAAUAUAAAAUUAAAAUUGAAAUAGAAAACAUAUUAGAUAAUAUUCAAAAUUGUACAAACAAAAAUAAAACAUUAAGAGUUUUUGAAAAAAAAAAGAAACUACGGGAACUGCAUCUCCACCAUUUGCUCGUUCUGCUUCCUCGUUGCCUCCCAUCCCGCCUCUUGAUCCGCCAUCUUUUGCUCCAACGCAGCUAUGCGGUCAUCUUUGUCCUUCAACUGGUCCAUAAGCCCUUCUGGAUCAACAUAGGGCUGUGGUGCAGAAGGAGGAACUGACCGGGCUCGACGACACAAACCGACCAAACGUCCCUUCUUCUUUGGAACCGACUGAAAUAGAAAAUAAACAAAUUUAAAUAAUAGAAAAGAUGAUAAAAUGAAAAUAAAGAAAUAAAUGAAUUGAACUUUUUUAUAAAGAACAUACCGAUUCAACGAUUUCGUUGAUUCGAAUCCGGGACAAGUUGGUAGAAGCCGUCGAAGUGGCGUCCAGGUCGGUUUGAAGCUGAGAUAGACGGGUAUAUUCGUCUUCCUUCUGAGUUUCGAUCAAGCUGAGCACAUCCCUCACAACACCAUCAUCAAUCUCCCCGGUGUGCUUGUUGGUAUGCGCCGUCUUCAUUAGGACGAAAUCAUCAACCGGCUCGCCAUCAUUUUCAUCCGCCUUAAAAAAAACAAAAGUUAAAGAAACAUUAGAAAUUAGAAGA